UUCCGCUUCUUGGCCAAACGCUGUACCACAGUACUCCCACCGACAUCCGUCCACCUCACCAUUACCGCCAUUCCAUUCCCUUCCCUUGACUCCUUCGCAGCCCUCGAACAAGACUCUAUCCGUUCCCUGUAAUCGCUGCGAAGCCGCUCCCUAAUCCUCUGUGGUCUGGUAGCUGGUCUCGAGUUAGCAGUACCAUAAGCUUUAAGAAUCCGAAACAUGCCUAUGCAACGGCGAUAGCGACCGCCAAUCCUUCGAUUUUCGGUCCCCUACUCCUUUCACCCCUCUCCCUCACCUCCGGCACGGAACCGCAACGGUCGGACGGGGCCUGGGAUAGCCAACAACAAACAACAACGUCACCCAAUAACGACCCGCCAUGGACGCCGUCGAAGCCGUCCAGGAGUUCCCGGCCAUUGUCGCCCAAGCGACGGCCAUGAAGCCGAAACUACUCCCCCUCAGAUGGCCCGGAUCGCUCGCGCAGCUCAAUCCGAUACCACACAAGUACCGCCCGGCGCGGAAGCUGCGCUUGCGGCUACGAUCCACCACCACCAAGAGCCAAGGUCAGGCCGAUGACAUCACAAGAUUGCAGACGUCGUUCGACCCGUCGCCGACGCUCAGAGCGUUGCGCACGAGGAGAUGGAGCCUCUGGGACCUGCAAUAUCUCGUCACCUUCGGAUACAUUCUCUUUUCGCUAGCCAUUCUGCCGUCGGCGCCGCUGAUCAAGACGGGCGUGUUGGCGCUGCUCGGGGUGCUACUCCUCAUGCCGGUGACGCAGCAGUUCUUCUUGCCGUCGUUGCCAAUAUGGACGUAUCUGUUGUACUUCUUUGCAAGCCGAUUCAUCGCGCCUGAAUACCGCCCGCAUAUCUGGGUCAAGGUCCUCCCGGCGCUCGAGAAUGUCAUGUACGGCGCGAACCUCUCCAACAUCCUCUCGGCGCACACGCACGCCGUGCUCGAUGUGCUGGCCUGGGUGCCCUACGGCAUUGGCCACUUCGCGCUGCCCGCCAUCUGCAGCGCCUUCCUGUUCCUCUUCGCGGCGCCGGGAACCACGCCCGUCUUCGCCCGCGCGUUCGGCUACAUGUCGAUGCUCGGCGUUACCAUUCAGCUCAUCUUCCCCUGCACGCCGCCCUGGUACGAGAAGCUGCACGGCCUGGAGCCGGCGCACUACGGCAUGGAGGGGUCGCCGGCGGGGCUGCGCCGCGUCGACGAGCUGUUUGGCGUCGACAUGUACACAACGAGCUUCACCACCGCGCCGCUGCCCUUUGGAGCCUUCCCGUCGCUGCACGCCGCGGACGCCAUCCUCGAGGCGCUCUUCAUGCAGUACUGCUUCCCGCGCUUCCGGCCAUUUUUUGUGUUUUAUACCAUCUGGAUCUCGUGGUCCACCAUGUACCUCAACCACCACUACGCCAUCGACCUGGUGGGCGGCGGCAUCUUUGCCGCGGCUGCGUAUUACAUCGCGCGCACGCGGUUCCUCCCACGGCCGCAGCUCGAUAAAUCCACGCGGUGGGAGUACGAGUAUGUCGAGCUGGGCGACCGCGCGCGGCCGGUCGAUGAGGAGUACGGAUACGGGUACGGCGGCGGUGGUGAUGGGUAUGGGCUGGGGUUGUUGAGCACGAGGAGGUCCGGGACGGGCGAUAGCGACGAGUGGACGCUGGGGAGCAGCUCGAGUUUUGACUCGAUGUCGCGCGGAGGGGAUACCCUGUGCGGAAGCAGCAGCAGCACGCCGGGGAUUUUGAGUCCGACUACGCCCAAUGACGAUCACUAUGAUGUCUGGAGCAAGGUCCGGUUUGGUGGGCCGAAGGAGGGCGACAGCACGGCGGAGGUGUAUGUUGCGAGGUGAUCGGGUCUUGCGAGAAAAGAGGGCUGCCCUGGCUUGUUGGGAUGACGGAUGGGAGCAUUUCUGCGUGUGUGGGAAGAUGAGGCUCGCUUUUUCGAACACGAGUCCCGCUUACCUGGUUUGCUCCCACCCUCCCUCUUCCCUACUUCUCUCCACCUGACGAUGCAUUGCCCUUAGCUCGCAUCGCGUCGACUCGAACAAGUCAACUGCCGUGCCGGAUUGCCGACAGACAGGCGGGCUGCAUGCUUAUUUCUCCCCGCCGAUCCGGUUUAGUCGAUACGUUCCAUUACCAGCGACGGAAGUGG